AUGGAACAUUUUCUCAAUAAUACCGAUGAUCAUAAUUCAAGUUUUUUUCAACCGCCAAGACAAGAUGAUGAAUUUGAGGCAUUAAUCGGACAACAUUCUCCUUCGACAACAAAUAUGGAAGUAGAAAGAUCCGUUGAACAGGAAACUAAAGUAGAAGAAAAACCUAAAACCAAUGAACGUUCGCGAGCAAAUGCAAGCACUGACGAAGAAGCAAAUAUAAAAUUACAAGUUCUUGUAUCGAAUUUCAGUGAUGAACAAUUGGAUCGAUAUGAAAUGUAUCGUCGUUCGGCAUUUUCAAAAGUUUCAAUAAAACGUUUAAUGAAUUCAAUAACAGGCACAAUACCAUCGUCAAAUGUUGUUAUCGCAAUGGCUGGUAUUGCUAAAGUAUUUGUUGGAGAAAUUAUUGAAGAAGCUCUAGAUAUUCAACGUCGAGAAAAUCACAUUGAACAUAAGCCAGCUACACCACUGGAACCAAAACACUUACGUGAAGCAUAUAGACGUAUUAAUCAUAGUCAAUAUCAUUGUCCACAAAGGAAAACAUGGAAAUCAAAACGAAAAUUUAGAUUUCAAUAA